UGUCUCGCGAUAGUUGGCAACAUUACGUCCUUUCUGACGCAAGUGCCGAAACAGACUGCCUCGCACGUUGCGACUUUCAGUCCACUAAACCGCAAAACUGGAUUAUAUAUCUUUCCAAAUAGAACAGACACGCUAUAGGACAAUUUUCACAAGGACAUAGAUUUGAGAAGACUUCCACAAUGUCUCGUUUCUUCGCCACUGGGUCCGACAGUGAGUCGGAAGAGUCCUCGUCAGCAGACGAGAUCACUCCUAAACCCACCGGGACUACCUUAACCAAGCAGUCUCUGUUGCUAAGUGACGAUGAGGAGGACACCAAGAGGGUGGUCCGCAGUGCCAAGGACAAGAGGUUUGAAGAACUGACCAACCUCAUCAAGACCAUCCGCAACGCCAUGAAGAUCAGAGACAUGGCAAAAUGUUUGGAGGAGUUUGAGCAGCUGUGUCGAGCGUUCCUCAAAAGCAAGACUAUAGUGGACAAGGAGGGGGUUCCCCCCUUCUACAUCCGUCUUCUGGCUGACCUGGAAGACUAUCUGAAUCAGCUUUGGGAGGAUAAAGAAGGCAAGAAGAAGAUGAACAAGAACAACGCCAAAGCUCUCAGCACCCUGAGGCAGAAGAUCCGCAAGUACAACAGAGACUACGAGACGGAGAUCGCCAGCUACAAGGAGAACCCAACAGAAUCAGCUGAUGAGGAAGAAGAGAAAGAAGCAGGUGAAUCAGGGUCGUCGUCAGGAAGUGAUGACGAAGGCGGCGAGGACGCCAAGAGCUUCCUGAAGAAGAAGCCGGCUCCAGUGGAGGCCCUGCCCGACGCCAGCAAGUUCCUCAAGUCAGCCAAGUCCGGGGACGAGGAGUCGUCCAGCAGUGAUGAUGAUGAAGACUGGGGCUCAGACGCAGUGGACAGUGGCAGCGAGAGCGGGGAUGAUGAUGAGAAGAGCGCCUCCCUGGCUGUGGUCUUCCUCAAGAAAGCCCAGGAAGGAGAGCGCCACACCAGUGAGAAGAAGAAGGAGGACAGGAAGGAGAGGCAUCGCCAGAAGAGGCUGCAGGAGGAGGCGGAGGAGGAGGGAGGAGAGGAGGGGGAGGGGGGCUGGGAGAAGGUGAAGGGAGGAGUUCCCCUUGUCAAGGAGAAGCCCAAGAUGUUUGCCAAGGGAACGGAGAUCAACACGACCGUGGUGGUGAAGAAGCUGAACGAGAUCCUGCAGGCCCGAGGCAAGAAGGGCACAGACAGAGCGGCCCAGAUCGAGCUGCUCCAUGCUCUGGCUGGCAUCUCUAAUGAGCACACCCUGGGGGAGGGCAUCCUGGUGAAGAUCAAGUUCAAUAUCAUCGCCUCCCUGUACGACUACAACCCCAACCUGGCCGCCUUCAUGAAGGCGGACAUGUGGAAGAAGUGUCUGGAGUGUAUCGAUGAGCUGCUGGACAUCCUGUUCAACAACAACAACAUCUUCAUUGGAGAGAACAUCGCUGAAGACAGCGAAAACCUGGGCAUCUCUGAGAACCAGCCCUUCAGAGUGCGGGGGUGUAUCCUGACCCUGGUGGAGAGGAUGGACGAGGAGUUCACCAAGAUCAUGCAGAACACAGACCCUCACUCACAAGAGUAUGUGGACAACCUGAAGGAUGAGAGUCAUGUGUGUGGCAUCCUGGACCGACUGCUGGGCUACCUGGAGACCAAGGGCUCCACAGAGGAGGUGUGCAGGGUGUACCUGCGCCGCAUCAUGCACACCUACUACAAGUUUGACUACAAGGCCCACUGCCGCAGCCUGGCCAUGCAGGCAGAGACCAAGUCUGAGCAGGACCAGGAGGAGAGCGAGGGUGAGGACAGCGCCCUGAUCAUGGACCGCCUCUGUAAGUUCAUCUACUCCAAGGACCGCACCGACCGCAUCCGCACCUGUGCCAUCCUGUGCCACAUCUACCACCACGCGCUGCACUCCCGCUGGUACCAGGCCAGAGACCUCAUGCUCAUGAGCCACCUGCAGGACAACAUCCAGCACGCAGACCCCCCCGUACAGAUCCUGUAUAACAGGACCAUGGUGCAGCUGGGGAUCUGUGCAUUCCGCCAGGGCAUGAUCAAGGAUGCCCACAACGCGUUGCUGGACAUCCAGUCCUCCGGCCGGGCCAAGGAGCUGCUGGGCCAGGGCCUGCUGAUGAGGAACAUGCAGGAGAGGAACGCAGAGCAGGAGAAGAUCGAGAAGAGGAGACAGGUCCCGUUCCACAUGCACAUCAACCUGGAGCUGCUGGAGUGUGUGUACCUGGUGUCUGCCAUGCUGCUGGAGAUCCCCUACAUGGCUGCUCACGAGUUUGAUGCCCGGCGCAGGAUGAUCAGCAAGCAGUUCCACCACCAGCUCAGGGUUGGGGAGAGGCAGCCCCUGCUGGGUCCCCCAGAGAGCAUGCGGGAGCACGUGGUGGCGGCCAGUAAGAGCAUGAAGAUGGGAGACUGGCGCACCUGCCACACCUUCAUCAUCAACGAGAAGAUGAACAGCAAGGUGUGGGACCUGUUCCCAGAGACGCAGCAUGUCCGCCAGAUGCUGGUCAGGAAAAUCCAGGAGGAGUCCUUGAGGACCUACCUUUUCACCUACAGCAGUGUGUAUGACUCCAUCAGUAUGGAGACUCUGUCUGAGAUGUUUGAGCUGGAGCUUCCCAUGGUGCACAGCAUCAUCAGCAAGAUGAUCAUCAACGAGGAGCUCAUGGCGUCCCUGGACCAGCCCACACAGACGGUGGUGAUGCACCGUACGGAGCCCACCUCCCUGCAGAACAUGGCCCUGCAGCUGGCCGAGAAGCUGGGCGGCCUGGUGGAGAACAACGAGCGUGUGUUCGACCUGAAGCAGGGCGUCUACGGAGGCUACUUCAACAGGGAUCAGAAGGGUGGUUACCAGCAGAAGCAGGGCUACCAGAGAGAACAGAGAGGGGGGUACCAGCAGAAGCAAGGUUACCAACGAGACCAGAGAGGAGGUUACCAGAAGCAAGGUUACCAACGAGACCAGAAGGAUGGUUACCAGCAGAAGCGGGGUGGUUACCAGGGCGGCGGUGGUGGCGGUUACCAGGGCGGCGGCGGUUAUCAGGGCGGCGGCGGUUACCAGGGCGGCGGAGGCGGUGGCGGUUACCAGGGCGGCGGCGGUGGUGGUUACCAAGGCGGCGGCGGUUACCAGGGUGGUUACCAGGGUGGUUACCAGCGAGGCUACAGGAACCAGAACCAGAGCUCAUACUGACCCGCCCCCCCACCUGGCCAGACUGCAUUCCACAUCACAUGACACGCUGCCUGUACUUCCUUUUUCCUGUGUGCGAGGCCGAGUCAUCACAGCUGUCCACAUCGUCACCACAUCUGCAGACUCUCCCUGGUGUGAUUGGACAGUUUUACCUCCAGUUUGUUGAGUGUGAAAGUAUUUUUGGAGUUGGAUUCAGUUUUCUGAUGAUGGACAGUUGUGGUGGUGGAUGAAGCAGUUUGCUGUGUGACAGGGUUUUUUUUCAAGUGAGGCUUCAGUGUCAAGUGAAUACUUGUCAAUGUAACCUAUAAAAUAAUAAACAUGAUUCAAUAUAAA